AAUUCGAUACAGCUGAUGCCCAAUUUGGAGGAACUGACUGCGAAGGAGAAUAUUCUGAGCAGUCAACUGAGCGAUCUGGUGAAAGUAAAGCAACGAUUGGGCCUGGCCUAUGCUGAUCAUUGCCAAAAGGCCAUACAGGUCACCGAGGGACAGGGCGGUAAUGUGGCCUAUGAUGAGUUCACAUCGAUGAGCUAUGAAGAUCUAAAGAAGCUCAUUAAAGAGGAUUCUAUUAAACUGAGUGAAAUGAAAAGUAAGUCUGCGGAAUCGACCGACAUACUACGCUCCAAGCGCAAGGAGCAGGAUGCGAAUCAUAAGGCCGUGCUGGAGCAAAUCAGUAUACUCGAACUGGUCGCGCUCGAAGCCUUCGAACUUGCUAACGACGUUAAAGUGGAUUUAAACCAUCGCAAUGACGGCCAUCCCUCCAAUUAGAUUAGUACGGAAUUCAUUCUGAAACUUUCAUACAUAUAACCAUUUUCUUAAACUAAUAAAACCCAUUUCCAUAACAU